AUGAUAAAUAAUAGUAGUAGCUUCGCAACAAUUAUAAUAUUAAAAUCUUUAUUAUUAAAUUUAAUAGAUGUAUUAACUAUAGUACUUCCUAUGUUAUUAGCAGUUGCUUUUAUGACAAUAAUAGAAAGAAAACAAUUAGCAGCACAUCAGAGAAGAGUAGGACCAAAUACAGUAGGAUAUUAUGGAGUAUUACAACCCUUUGCAGAUGCUUUAAAAUUAAUAUUAAAGGAAACAGUAAUACCUUCACAAUCUAAUAAAGUAAUAUUUUAUUUAGCUCCAGUAUCAUCAUUAAUAUUUAGUUUAUUAGGAUGGGGUAUAAUUCCUUUUGGACAAGGUUUAGCAAUAUCUGAUUUAUCAAUAGGAAUAUUAUAUACUUUAGCUUUAUCUUCAUUAGGGAUAUAUGGUGUUUUAUUAGCAGGUUGGUCAGCAAAUUCUAAAUAUGCUUUUUUAGGAUCUUUAAGAUCAACAGCAGCAAUGAUAUCAUAUGAAUUAAUUUUAAGUUCUGCAAUAUUAAUAAUAAUUAUAUUAACAGGUUCAUUAAAUUAUAUGACUAUUAUUGAAACACAAAUUUCAGUUUGGUUUAUUUUCCCUUUAUUACCUGUUUUUAUUUUUUAUUUUAUUGCUAUUUUAGCGGAAACUUCUAGAACACCUUUUGAUUUACAAGAAGCAGAAUCAGAAUUAGUUGCUGGAUUCUUUACUGAACAUUCUUCAGUACCUUUUGUAUUCUUCUUCUUAGCUGAAUAUUCUUCUAUUGUAUUAUUUAGUUGUAUAACUGCUAUAUUCUUUUUAGGAGGUUAUCAAUUACCUGAAUUAUUUGUAAAUAAUUCUGUAUUUAAUAUUCAAUCUAUUAUUUUAGGUUUAAAAACAUGUAUUUUCUGUUUCUUUUUUGUAUGGUUCAGAGCUACAUUACCUAGAUUAAGAUAUGAUCAAUUAAUAGAAUUAUGUUGGUUAAAUCUAUUACCUGUUUGUGUCGCAUUCAUAAUUUUAAUACCAAGUAUAUUAAUAGCAUUCAAUAUAUCACCUUACUAA